AUGGGAAAUUGCCAAUGUUAAUCAGCUGACAUCUAAAAGACAGAGGAAAUGUAGCCUCUUGAAUUCAAAUAAGAGAACUUUAAAAGUUCUGAGGAUUAACAAUUGUAAUUUUGCCAGGCUCAACAAAUAUUAUAAUAAGAGUCAAUAAAGUCCAAUAAUGAAACAUCUGAUGAUACUCAUCGACCUAAUCCAUAAUUAGUGUGGUAAACACAGACAUAGUUCACUACUUAUAAUCUAAUAGUUCAGGUAAUCUUGUCUAAAAAUACUAUCUAAGAAAGUUAUGGAUGAAUUGGGCAUAUAUGAAAUAGAUGAUGAGGAUGGCUAUUUUUAUGGAGUCUAUGAAUAAAAAGAUGGUUCACUAUAUAGAGGUGGUUGGCAUCAAGGCCAAAAAUUUGGAUAUGGUACUUCAACAAAAUUCCUAUCUCUUUAGGAUGCUUAAUCUAUCAAGAUGGGUCAAUAUUUUAAGGGCUAUGGAGAAAAGAUAAGGCUAAUGGUAAAGGACGAAUGAUAUAUACUGAUGGAGACUGGUAUGAAGGUGAUUGGGUUGAUGAUUUAAGUUAUAUUACUGUUAUUUUUUAGAACAUGGCAAUGGAAAAUAUGUACAUUGUGACGGAACCAUCUAUAAAGGAGAAUGGAAAAAUGAUUUAUAGGAUGGUUAUGGAUAAGAAUACUUUAUUGAUGGAUCUAAAUAUAAUGGAUAGUUUAAAAAUGGAAAAAAGAAUGGAUUUGGCCAUUUUAUUUGGGUUGAUGGAUAAAGUUAUGAAGGAAAUUUUGAAUCUAAUUACUUUUGUGGUUAUGGGUAUUAAUUUUAGUAUUAUAAAUUAGAAAAUAUGUAUGGAUUGAUGGUAGAUAAUAUGAAGGUUAAUGGUUAAAUGGAAGUAUGGAUGGAAAUGGUAUAAUGA